GUUGGGUAUUUUCAUUCAUUCAUUCGCAGCUUAGUUGAUCGCAGAUACACAUCACUGAUCCAUGCAGCAGUAUGUUAUAUUCGAGUAUACAGUGUGUAAUUCGUAUUCUUUCAAAGUCAUUGGUAGGUUUAUAUUAAUCAGAACGUAUCAGAACUGUUUACAACACCAACGAACAGUUUCAACAAUAUUUAACAAAUUAGCUGUGAAUGGAAAAUGUGAAUACCAUACAGCGUGUUCGCAUGAAUGUCGUGUAACAGUGAGCUACCUGUUUUGAAAAGUAUCAUCGAAACCGGUUUAACUUUAGGAAGUGAAUCACAAUGAAUAAUGCAAACAAUAUGCAACUUCUUUGCGCUGCUGAUCCACAGCGAGGUCUAGCAGCCGCUUUAGCUGGGAGAAACCUUGAACAGUUUCAGUUUGCUUUGAGCUGUGGUGCCGAUCCGAAUGUACGUGAUGAGUCAAGUGGGUUCACUGUGUUCGAACAUGCCUGCCAAACUGCUGGUACAGAUAAAUUCAUAUUAGAAUGUAUAAAGUAUGGCGCUGAUGUGCAACUGCCGAACACCAAUGGAAAAUAUCCUAUUCAUCUCGUUGCAUUCUCACAAGAUCCAGCAAACGUUCAAGCAUUGUUGGAAAAUUCGGAAGUAGAUAUUGAUGUUCUUUAUCAAGGUCAAACACCGUUACAUAUACUUUUCGAGAGUAUAAAUGAAGAAAACUGGAACAACGUUUUUAAUUGCAUAACGUUGAUCAUAGAGAAAGGUGCAGACAUAAAUAUUCCUAACGAUGAAAACAGAACAUCAAUCGGUGUUUUCGUAAAGAAUUCGAAACAUUGGCAAAAAAAAUCACAAUUCUGGAGGAGAGAUAUCCUUUUAUAUUGCUUGGAACACACAGUCGUCGAUGUUGAUUCAUUUAGGAAAGGGGAAUUAAGGAAUAAACUCACAGAGUACUUUCCAGACAUUCAAAUUCCAGUUUAUACAAUGGAUACAAAUUUGAACGUUCUUUUAUCGUUGUUAAAAAGCAGAAACGACGCAAAGUUCGAUUUUUCCCUAAAACAAUAUAGGGAGAAAAUAAGGGAUGAUGCGGCAUGGAAUAAUGAUCUGAAAAUAUUAUUGGAAGCUGCGGUGCACUCAGGAAAAUUAUCUUUGGUAAAAAAGUUGACAAAAGACGAUGAUGUGUUUGGGUCUGAUUCAAAUUUACCCAAUCUAUUAUCAUUAUGUUGCCACUAUGGUUAUCACGAUAUUUUAUCAUUCUUGCUAUCAAAGACUGGAAAUACUAAAUCAGAUAUUCAGCUAAUCAAUUCGAUUUCUCUGCUUUCAUUGGUUAUUAAAGAGAUCAAUGUUCUCAAAGACAUUAGUAAGUGUCCGUUUUUCAAAUGUCUCAAGAUAUUGCUCGAUGAUGGUCGAAUAUAUAUUGAUAAAACAGACGAAAAAGGAUGUUCAGCGCUGCAUUAUGCUGUGAAGUACAAAGUUGAUUCAGCAGUGGAUAUUUUGCUAGAAAAUUCAGCCUACAUAGGAACAUCAAACAUGUUCAAAGAAUUACCGAUUUGUGAAAUGAACUCUGAUGUUUUGGAACAAUACCUAGAUUCAUGUAUUACAACGAAUGAAAAACGACCAGGCGAUGAUGAUUAUGAGAUUAAAAUCGAUUUUUCUUGUUUAGUUCCUCCUAUCUAUAAGAAGAACUUUUCUGCGGAUACGAUUAAUAAUACGAAUACGAUGAGUAUUAAUGAUGAGAUGUUACCAAUAGUUUAUAUGGCAAACUCAACUGAUUUGAAACAUCUACUAAAACAUCCUGUGAUAUCCAGUUUUGUGCUGAUAAAAUGGUUGCGACUCAGCAUUUAUUUUUAUGUAAAUUUAGUAAUUUGCACAAUAUUUUUUUUAUCCUUUACGGGUUAUGUAGUUGGAUGUUACGGUCAGGAAAAUGUUGCUCGUUGGUUGAAAGAAUUGUUACGAAUGAUUUCCUUGUUAGGCACUACCUAUAUGGCAUUAAGAGAGAUAGGACAAAUGAUUCUUCAUGUGAAAAUGUAUUUUUUUUCUAUUGAAAAUUGGAUGGAAAUCACAUUAAUUAUAGCUAGCUAUACUGUCCUCCUGAAAGAAUUUCAGAAUGAGUUCCGGCAAAUGAUAACUGCGGUAGUUAUCCUUCUCUCGGCGAUUGAAUUUACGUUGUUAGUUGGAACGUUACCUGUACUCUCGAUAUCUACGCACAUGGUGAUGUUGAAGACAGUGUCAAAGAAUUUUCUCAAAAGUUUGGUACUUUACUCUAUCAUUCUUAUUUCAUUCGCGUUUUGUUUUUAUACGUUAUUUAAUGUAAACAACGUAAUUAUCAAAGAUAAAACUACCUCAACGCCGAAAGAAAAUAAAGAAGAGGAGGAAGAUAAAUUUAAUGCAUUUGCCGAUAUAGGUAACGCUUUGCUUAAAACCGUUGUGAUGUUAACAGGCGAAUUUGAAGCUGCAAACAUUAAAUUCCAAACAAAUAGCAUAAGUUAUUUGAUAUUUGUGUUGUAUUUGUUCUUCGUCGCCAUAGUAAUAUUUAACCUGAUGAAUGGAUUGGCUGUUAACGAUACUGCGGCAAUCAAAGCUGAAGCAGAACUGAUUGGAUUAUCUCAAAAGGUAGACGUUAUUUCCAAAUAUGAGAAUGCGGUGAAAUUGUCGAAAACAAACGGUGUUUUAACAAAAAUUGUAUUCUACAUAUUUCCUACAACGUUUCUGCAGCUUUUUCCGGAUUAUAUGCCUUUCUAUAAUGUUAUCGUUGCUCCGAAUCAGUCCAAUAAAAUAUUUAUACCCAGGCCCAAGACGAAUGUGAACACAGGAUCUGUAAUGGACGUAGAAAGUCAUAUUGAAUUAUUGCCCAACGAUGCGUGCUACAAUGAGAAUUUCAAAUUAACUAUCGGCUGUUGCGUUUUGCCUACGUUUUCGAGAAUGGACAACAAAAUAAUGAAAUAUGCUAAAGAAAUAUUACAUUCUAGAAAUAAGAGAAAACACCUUUUGGAAAAAGGCGACUUUAAUGUCAGGUUAUCAAAAAUUGAAAGAGAUAUUGAUCGAAUUUUAGGAUUGUUGAAUAAUAUGAAUACUAUACAAACAUUCGAUGUAUAAUCAGAUCUAAGCUAUAUGUUCUUAUAAUGUUGUUGUGAUAAAGUAGGGUAAUAAUAUUAUCAAAUCUAUCUUCUGAAGCAUAGUAUACUUUUAUUUGAGUCAUGGUUACGGCUGGGUUGGAAAUUGUUGUCAAUUAUGUAUUGGAAGUAUUUGAAGGUUCAGUAAAACUAAUGUUUUUAUUUUGUUCUUAUUUAAUUGUAAUUUGGCAAUACAUAGUUAAGUAAUUCCUGUUUUACUGAUGUUAACAAUACUUUUUUGUUUGUAUGUGAUUCAAUAGUUAAAAUAGAAAGGCUACUUACAGAUUGUCAUUCUUUAUAUUACUUCUAAUAAAUUAAAAUAAUAAACUUUAUAAAUUUAAA